AUGGACAUCGUGCCUGAUGUCGACAACCUUCUAGUCAACGACCACGUCGUGCCUGAGGUCAUCGACUCCCCUUCUUCUCCCACAAAGCCAACACAGACACCAACCGUUCUCUCGCGACUCCAUCUCAUCGACGAGGAGCAAAAGUUCAGUCCGGUGUUGUCAACCUACAUCAACGAGAAGUGGACACUCAAGGAUGCAGGAUUCAACUACAACCUCGCUGCCAUCUUCGGAAGUCAGAGUACCGGCAAAAGUACAUUACUGAACAGAUUGUUUGGUACCAGCUUCGAUGUCAUGAGCGAGUCUGCAAGAAGACAGACAACCAAGGGUAUCUGGAUCAGUCAGGGCAAGGACAUGAAAGUCUUGAUCAUGGAUGUCGAGGGAACAGACGGUCGCGAGCGUGGUGAGGACCAGGACUUUGAGCGCAAGAGUGCGUUGUUCUCGGUUGCGACUUCAGAGGUGUUGAUUGUGAAUUUGUGGGAACACCAAGUCGGUCUGUACAACGGAGCCAACAUGGGUCUUCUCAAGACUGUCUUUGAGGUCAACCUCCAGCUGUUUGGAGGCAACCGUGGAAAGGAAAAGACCUUGUUGCUCUUUGUCAUCCGUGAUCAUGUUGGAGCCACCCCCCUCGCCAACUUGGCCAACACCCUGACGGCAGAUCUUGAGCGCAUCUGGCACGGUCUCUCAAAGCCCGAGGGUCUUGAGGACUGCAAGAUCACAGAUUACUUUGAUUUCAUGUUUACCACAUUGGCCCACAAGCUGCUCCAGCCUGAAAAGUUCGAGAGCGAUGUCGACCAGUUGCGUCUUCGUUUCACCAACCCCUCAGACCCUAACUAUGUGUUCCAGCCUCAGUACUCCAGGCGCGUCCCUGCUGACGGUCUUCCCUUCUAUGCAGGAGGCAUUUGGGAUAAGAUCAUGACCAACAAGGACUUGGAUCUCCCUACCCAGCAGGAAUUGCUUGCCCAGUACCGUUGCGACGAGAUCGCCAACACAGCCUUUGUCAUUUUCCAGGAUAAGAUCAAGGAGUUCAGACAGCCCAUUGAGUCCGGCAACAUUGUGGAGGAUCUCGGUCCCAAGAUGCAGGAGAUUCGCGGAGUUGCUAUGAAAUCAUUCGACAAGGAUGCUUCUCGCUACCACGCCGAGGUUUACAAGCGCAAGCGCUCGGAUAUGUUGACCAAAGCGAACAGCAUGCUCGAGGCCUACUUCUUGGGUCAACUCAAGAACUUGCACAAGAAAGCCGUCAACAUGUUCUCGGCCAACUUGCAGCAGGCUCUUCGCACUGAGGGCUCAGAGUUUUCCGUUGUGGUGAACAGCUCCAAGACGGAGGUUCUCGACUACUUUUUGCAGGGCGCCAAGGCUAUCAAGCUGGAGGAGACCGAGUGGUCCUACGAUGAGGAACUUUACCAGUUGGAGCAGGGUUUGAAGGAGUUUGCUACUGCCCAGCGCGAGAAGGAGCUCAACAAGAUGCUGAACAACUUGGAGAAGCACUUGCGCAAGGAGUUGGAUGAGCCUGUUGGAUUGGCCCUCAACAACCCUGGCCCUGGCAUGUGGGGGCGUAUCAUCACAAUCUACCAGAGGACGGUCGAGGAUGGCGAGCAGCUCUUGCACAAGAAGGCACGCACUUUUGACCUCAACCAGGACGAGCAAGGUGAGCUCCUUCUCAACUUGCGCCGCCAGGCUUGGGUUCUGAUGACCAAGAAGGUUCAGGAGGAGUCGGUCGAUGGAAUGAUGCUGUUGAAGCUUCGCAACCGCUUUGAGGAGAAGUUCCGGUACGACGAACAUGGUCUUCCCCGUGUUUGGAAGCCUGAUGAUGAUAUCGACACCCCUUUCCGCAAGGCUCGUGAUGAGACUGUUGAGCUGGUGCCAUUAUUCGCCAAAAUCAACACAUUGGACCCUGCCAAGGGCGAGAAGUUUGAGUUGGAGCCCACAGAGGACUUUGAUUUCGACCAGUCGCUCAAGGUUCUUUCAGAGACGCGCCAGCAGGAGAUCACAACCAAGUUCAAGCGCGAGUCGGAUGCAUUUUACUUGGAGGCUAAGCGGUCGGUGGUUGCUACUCAGGCUAAGGUGCCUUACUGGGUGGGAGUUGCCUUGAUUGUUUUGGGAUGGAACGAGUUCUUGGCAGUGAUUACCAACCCACUGUACUUGAUGGUGGCGGCGAUGGUGGGAGUUCCUAUGGUUGCGAUGUGGUAUCUCGAUAUGCUGGGCUUGGUCGAGACGAUUGGAUGGAAGGUGUAUGACCAGGGAUAUAAGCUGGCUAUGGACAAACUGAGGGAGACGAUGGACAAGCGUGAGGGCGAGAAGCCACAACCCCAGCGUCAACCCCAGCAGUAUCCUCCCCGGUAUGAGAGCAUUAGCAAGGACGAGGGUGACAUUGAGCUGAGCUCUUUGGACAAGAAGUCGCAAUAG